AUGUCGGAUUCCCCCCAAUCCGCUGCUCCAAAGGAGGUUGACCAUGGUGCACCGUCACCCGACGACGAAGCACAAAUGAACGAGCAACAAGACCCACAAGCCGCAAACUCAGCGGGCUACGAGUAUGAGGGUGUAAAGGAACAGGAUCGAUGGUUGCCCAUAGCCAAUGUUGCUCGUAUCAUGAAAAAUGCACUGCCUGAAAACGCAAAGAUCGCGAAAGAGGCCAAGGAGUGUAUGCAAGAGUGUGUCAGCGAAUUUAUCUCUUUCAUCACAAGCGAGGCGUCGGAGAAAUGUCAGCAAGAGAAACGCAAGACCGUGAAUGGCGAAGACAUUCUUUUCGCCAUGACGUCUCUCGGUUUCGAGAACUACGCGGAAGCGCUGAAAGUUUAUCUCAGCAAGUACAGAGAGCAACAGAAUCAGUCGAACCGCGAUCGAGUAGGGAUCGAUAGUAAUCCACAAUGGAUGAACGAUGCCAAAACAGAGCCUAGUGCCGUGGGUGAGUUUGGACAGGACGGAAACGGCGUCGAGGCUGGGGGUGAUCCCAACUACAUUUAUGCCUCACAACCUGGCCACAAUGGCAACGCUGGUGAGGGCUACUAA